GACACAACACGCCCACGCCAACGAGGCCACUAGUGCACACUGAUACAAUGUGAGUGACCAAAAGACGCCGGAGGUGAAGGUUUCCUCGGUGUAGGGUGGGAGGAUGAUGAGUGGGCCUCUCGUGGAGACGAGGUCGUCUCAAAGGAAGGGUUCGGUGGUGCUCCGGAGGUCCGACCUGGGGCACCUUGUUCACAGGCUUCUGUGCGUGUUGACCUCUGUGGCUGCCCUGUCGUUUAUGAUCACGGCCAAGGAGGCCAGUACCAUCUCUAUCUAUGGCUUCCAACUCCCCGUUUACUCCAAGUGGUCUUUCUCUCACUCCUUCGAGUAUGUAGUUGUAAUUUCGGCAGCUGUUGCAGCUCACUCGUUGCUGCAGCUACUCAUUAGCGCGUCAAGCCUGCUGAGGAAGUCACCAGUGAUACUCUCAAGAAACCAUGCAUGGCUUAUUUUUGCUGCGGAUCAGGCGUUUGCGUAUGCCAUGGCUAGUGCUGCAUCAGCUGCAACAGGGGUGACCAACUUGAAUCGCACAGGAAUCCGACAUACGGCUUUACCAAACUUCUGUAAGCCUUUGCAUAGCUUCUGUGACCAUGUCGCCAUCUCAAUAGCCUUCACUUUCUUCAGCUGCAUCUUGCUUGCCGCGUCUGCUGUCCAGGAUGUAAUUUGGCUGUCCAAUAACUGAAUCACCUCGAUUAUCCACACACUCGAUUGAUGUUGUUAUGCAUCCUCUAUAAAAUAUAUGGCGUCUAGAAAAUAG